GCCGUCGUCGUCGUCUGCAGGGCCGUGGGCAUGGCCGCCCGCAUCCUGCACCGCCUGCGGCACGCGCUGAGCGGCGAAGGCGGCAGGGAGGAGCGGGCGCGCGACGGCGGCGAGGCCGAGGACUGCCCCGAGAGCUCGGAGCUGGAGGACGACACCGAGGGGCUGUCCACGCGCCUCAGUGGCACCCUGAGCUUCGCCAGCCACGAGGACGAGGAGGAGGAGGAGGAGGAGGACGGCGCUGGCGAGGAGCCGGGGGAGCUGCCGGAGCCCACGGGAGAGGCCGCGGGCGCAGAGGACGGAGAGUGGGACCCGGCGGCGAAGCCCCCCGGCGGCAGCCUGCUGACCCGCCAGCUGCAGGAGCUGUGGAGGAAGUCACGGAGCAGCCUCGCGCCGCAGCGGCUGCUCUUCGAAGUCACCAGCGCCAGCGUGGUUAGCGAGCGCUCCUCCAAGUACGUGCUCUACACCAUCUACCUGAUUCGCUCCGGCCAGUUCGACAAGGCGCCCGCCACCAUUGCCCGGCGCUACUCGGACUUCGAGCGGCUGAACCGCCGCCUGCGCAGCCGCUUUGGCUGCGACAUGGCCGGCAUCGCCUUCCCCAGGAAGAGGCUGCGGCGCAACUUCACGGCCGAGACCAUCGCCAAGCGGAGCCGAGCCUUCGAGCAGUUCCUGUCCCACCUGCACUCCAUCGCCGAGAUCCGCCGCUCCCCCGAGUUCCUCGAGUUCUUCUUCCUGCAGGACCUGCGGGCCGCCCAGCGCCUGACCUGCACCGGCAUGUACCGCGAGGCCCUGGCCACCUGGGCCAACGCCUGCCGGCUGCAGGAGCGGCUGGGGGUCUGCGGCUCCGGCCGCUUCCUCCUGACGCUGGCCGGGCUGGCCGUCUGCCACCAGGAGCUGGACGAGCUCGGCGAGGCGCACAGCUGCUGCGAGCAGGCGCUGCAGCUGCUGGAGGCCCAGGACAGCCACCCGCUGCUGGGGCCCUUCCUCCAGGCCCACGUCCACCUGGCCUGGAAGGUGGGCAAGGACAAGCGGCGGUCGGAAGCCCGGCUGCAGGGCCUGCAGGAGGCCGGGCUGCCCCUGCAGCAGCAGCCCAGCCUGAAGGAGUGCCUGAUCAAGGAGCCUCUGGAGUGAGCGCCCCGGCCAGCACCGGGCUCAGGGUCCGCAGGGGGCAGCACGGCUCGCGCACCAGGGCGGGAGCCAGGGGCGGCGAGGGUCGGGAUGGGGCACGGAGGCAGAGCGGUAUCGGCACAACCCACGCAUGGUGGCUGGGAGUGGGGCCAGCCCCUCUGGGAGCUGCCCCUCGAAAAUGCACUUUCUGUGUCAGUUCUUCCUUCGGCACCGGGUGCUUGCUGCCUGCCCCGCCUGCCUGCCCCGCUGCAGGGGGCUUCCUGAGGUAGAGGGGGUUUCAGCCGGCACUCACAGGCACCGCGUUAAAGGGACAGGAAGGCUUCUGGCCAGGAACUUCCAAUAACACAUAAUAAAAAGGACUUUAUUAAAUAAAGUCUUGGUAGGAAAAA